AUGAAUCAUCAUAAUGCAUGUGGUGACUGUUUAUUUUGUUCAUCUCAUAGUUUACCAUUAUUACUACCUGAAAUUAAUUUUGAACAUAUUCAAAUAUCUACAUUGGAUGAUGAAAAUGAUGAAAUUUAUCCAACACAACAACAAUAUCAACAACAACAACAUUUUGAUGAUUUAACAAGAGGUGAUUUAGCUGUUGGUAGAUGUGGUGAAAAAUUAGUCUAUAAUUAUUUAAAAUGGAAAUAUGCUAAUGAUGAUAAUAAAAUUAGAAUAGAAUGGUUAAAUGAGGUAAAUGAGACUAGAUUACCUUAUGAUAUUAAAAUUAUUUCAGAAAAAAAUGAAAUAAUUUAUAUUGAAGUUAAAACAACAAUAUUACCCGAUAAUCAUUUAUUUCCAAUUAGUAUUGAUGAAUUAAGUUCGAUUCUCAAUCUAUCCACUGAUCAAUAUUUUAUUUAUCGAGUUUAUGAUGCAUUUAAUAAACAAAAUGUUAACAUAAGAAUAUUAAAUAAUUUAAAAGAAAAUUUACGUACACAUAAAUUAAGUUUACAAAUGCAAAUUAAUAACGCUAAUAUUGAAACUCUAGGAGAUGUAGACCUUCAUAAUACGGACAGUCGAUAUCCCGAUGAUGAAACUGAUAUUUAUAAUUGA